AUGGCAGGCGAAUCGCUCGACAUUGGAUAUCUUGCGAUUCCCGCCGCUACAGCGCUUAUAAGUUUCCUUUCCUAUUCAUCUCAGUUUCUGUUUCUGUUUCUCGAACCGGGCCCACUCUCCAAGGCCCAAACAUGGAAGUUCAAUUUGCUGGUGGCUUGUAUAUGGAUUUGUUAUUAUCGGGCUUGUACCGUUGAUCCUGGCCGUGUGCCGAAAGACUGGGCUCCGAAGAAUCAGUUGACUGCGACUCAAGGAGCGUAUAAAAUCGAUGGGGAUGUUUCUACGCGACAGAGAUGGUGUAGGAAGUGUGGCGCUUUUAAGCCGCCGCGAGCGCAUCACUGUAAGACAUGUCAAAGAUGCGUACCAAAAAUGGACCAUCACUGUCCUUGGACCCGCAACUGCGUGUCACACUUUACACUCCCGCAUUUCGUGCGGUUUCUGUUUUAUGCAGUUAUUUCAAUGAUAUACCUCGAAUCGUUUAUUUUCACCAGAGUCGGCAUAAUCUGGGAAAAUAGAAAUCUACCUAGCUACCUGGGCCCCAGCGUCCCAGCCCUCUGCCAUCUCUUCAUCCUACUGGUCGUAAAUAGUCUAACCCUAUUCGCUGUCUUUGUGUUAUUAGUUCGCAGUCUCUGGGCUAUAGGUGCCAACGUCACCACCAUCGAAUCCUGGGAGAUUGAGCGGCACAAGACCUUGCUUCGGCGAGCGAGGUAUCUUGGUGGAUAUCUGGAUGGACCCGAUGGGAUGAAAGUGAGGAUUCGGAAGCAGGAGUUUCCAUAUGAUAUUGGAAUUCUGAGUAAUGUCAAAGCUGGGAUGGGUGGAAGUUGGAAUGUUCUAAGCUGGUUCUGGCCCCUCGCAAGUACACCAGACCGCAAAUCUGGCCUUGAGUUUGAAGUUAAUGAAUUCGAGGAUCCAAAUCUAUCAUGGCCGCCACCGGACCCAGAUCGCAUCCCACGCAAAUCGCGACCAAUCCUGUCAUCGACUGAUCCAUUUACAAUUCCACAUUUUGAUUCGCCAGCCGAUGAAAUGGCUGCUUUCAGGAUGCGGCAACAGGGAGAUCUGGCUCGUCGAGCUGGACUUAGUGAUGAUAGUACUGCCGGCAUCAGGCGGCGAAGGAAGUUUCAUGAACGAUAUAAGAGUAACAAAUCAUCGCAGACGAAAACUGAGUUAGAGGAGGAGAUCGCCGAAGACUCGGAAGGGAACGAGGUUGGCGAAGAUGAACAGCAUUCUAGUUCUGAAGUUAUUGAUCAUAUCGAUGUUGAUGAAGGCGAAGAAGCAUGGCGGAAUGCAGAAGGGGAGAGAUUGGAUGAUUUUGGGGUUGAUGAAGACGUGGAGUUUUAUGACGAGGAAGAUGUGCCAUUGUCUGUUCUCAAGGAGAGGCUUAAUGCUGGAUUGUAG